UGGUGAAACACACACAAGGCUGAUUUUCACAAUCUCAACUUCCACAUGAGUUGGUACCAAUAAGUGCACAGACACACACACAGGCGUUUAUCACACGAAGAGCUUUUCCCAUGUGCACCGACAAAACCUGAUGACAAACAUAAUUAGAUUUAAUGUAGAGGAAAUACUCGCUCUGUAUGCCUCAUUUUCACACACUCAAGAGCACUCAGCUGGUGGUUACUAAAAAGUAAAUGGCUACCACGGUCACCCAAAGCGUGUUAUCUUCGGCCUUAACCUCCAUGAUGACCUCCAUGAUGACCUCAAGCUCCUCACCGAACACCUCAAACCCUAAAGAGUACCACACCGUCCUCCUGGUCAUCAACUCGGUGGUUCUGCUCAGUGGCAUCAUCAGCCUGAGCCUGAUGAUGCACAUCAUGAGGUUCAGCUCCACAUCCAUCACCUCCACAGCCGUACUCAACCUCAUCUUCACCCACUUCCUCUUCCUCCUGACCGUGCCCUUCAGGAUUUACUAUUACGCCACUCAUCAAUGGGCCCUGAGCCCCGGGUGGUGCCGGGUGGUCAGCGGCAUGAUCCACAUCCACAUGUACAUGUCCUUCCUCUUCUACGUGAUCAUCCUCGUCACACGCUUGAUGUCGUUCUACUACAACGCUGAGCUUGUGGUAUCGUUCCAUAAGUUCCACGCUCUCCUCGUCAGUGGAGUGGUGUGGAUAGUGGUGCUCGUCGUGGUCCCUUGCAUCAUGCAUUCUUUCUACGGCAAAAUAGGAAACGAUAAGAGCAGUAAAAACAACACAAAUACCACUUGCUUCAAGUUUGGCAACAACAUAGCUGAUGCAAAGGUGUUAAUCUACAUCGUCAGUAUAGUGAUCAUAUUGGUAGCUUCAGUGCUAACAGGCCUCCAAGCCAACGCCCUGAGGGUUUUAUAUAAGAAGCACCGCGAGGGGUGCAGCUCGCAGCAGGACUACGGGGCUCAGCAGAAGAGUCUGUGCUUCGCUCUCGUCAUGGUCGUCUGCUUCAUCCCCUACCACAUGUUCCGGCUCAACUACUUAGAAAACAUCCACCUGGAGAACGUCAACGAGGUGUUUCUGACUCUGACCACUUUUAAUUGUUUGGACAUGCUCACCUUCCUGGGCAGGAGAACCUGGUUCAUGUGCUGCCCCAAAAUGACUUUUUGACAUUUCUUGGAAGCGUUAGGGGGUCCACUCCAGAUACUUGAUUUGCUUUAUUUUGGAAGAAGUAGGAAUCAGGUUAGGGUCAAAAUGGCUAUUGUGCAUUUCUAUAAAAAGCAGAAUGUUAUAACUACUCAAAUUACAAAAAAUCCUUACCACUGAUUGGAUUAAAACUUCAAAAACAUUAAAGAAGAGAUUUUUAUAAAACAUACAAAAAUAAUCUUUACUCAGUGGGUAUUUUCUGGUCUUUUUGGAGCUAAUAUUCUUUUGUAUUUAUCAUGCUUUCCCACUUUUAAAUCCUACCACUGUUGUGUCCUCUGCAGUAUUUUUUUGAUGUGAGAAAUGCAAUAAUAUUCAAUUUUUUUGCAAAUGUUGUAAGAAUGUGAGACUGUAAACUGUUCCUGGCUCAAAAUGAAUGAACUGUUGCCAUCUGCUGGUGUGUGUGGAUAUAAAACAGGCUUCGAACAUUAUAUUUGUAAUACUAGCUAAUAAAAUUGCUGUUUGGUUUCCUAAUUGUUUUAUCCAAUAUGUUACUUAUUAUAAAACACAUAAGAGUCGGAAUGAAGUACACAGUUUACAUGUAUUUCAACAUAUUAGCCAACACUUAACCCUGUGUGUGUACAGAGUGAAAUAAAUGUCUAAAAUGGUUACUUCUUCACCAUUAUUUUGUGAAACAUUA